UUACACAUUAGCGAGUGCGUAGCUGUGUUGUUGUUGAACGCGACUGGCACGUCUUAAUAAAUAGUUUAUUAAUAUUAAGGAGUUAUUUUGUAUAAAGAACCACAACCAUGGCGAUGCAAGCGGCUAAACGAGCUAAUAUUCGCUUACCACCAGAGGUGAACCGGAUAUUGUACAUACGCAACCUUCCGUACAAAAUCACAGCUGAAGAAAUGUAUGAUAUCUUUGGGAAGUACGGGCCUAUACGGCAAAUCAGAGUUGGGAACACACCAGAGACGAGAGGAACUGCUUAUGUAGUGUAUGAGGACAUCUUUGAUGCUAAGAAUGCCUGUGACCACCUCUCUGGAUUUAACGUUUGCAACAGAUACUUGGUAGUUUUGUACUACAAUGCAAACAGAGCAUUCCAGAAAAUGGACACAAAGAAGAAAGAAGAACAGCUUAAAAUCCUGAAAGAGAAAUAUGGCAUAAACACAGAUCCCCCACAGUAGUUACAUUUUAAUUUUCCCCUUGAAAAGGAUCCAUAUUUUGUACAGUUAAUUGACCAUAACCUUUUAUGUUUUGAACAGUUUGAGAUCUUUUUAACCACAGCCUAUUCUGUUUAUUUGUUAAAUGGUGAGCAAAAUCACUGUACCUUGUGUGCAUAAUCAUUGGAAAUAUUAACAGAGAUUUUUGUUAUUAAAUGACUGUUUUCUAA